AUGUCGACCCUCCCUCCCGAGUUGCAUGACCGCAUCAUCGACGCGGUCAGUGACGUCGCACCCGGUGCGCUCGGCGCAUGCGCUAGCGUCUGUCGCGCGUGGCGGCCUCGUGCUCAAUACCACCUCUUCUCGUCCACCACGGUCCGCGACGCCUGCAGCCCGAAAGCACCACACCGGGACUCUCUCAUCCACCUUCUCUCCGCCUCUUCGAUCCUCGCGUUCAAGAUCUCCGCUCUCACACUGCUUCGGUGCAAGCUCGACGACUCCGGCCGGUGGGAGGCCCCCGAUCUCGGAUGGAUCACAUCGCUCGCGAACCUCCACACGCUCACACUGAGUUCGCCUUACUGCCGCUGCACCACUGUGUCGAUGCACGUGCUCCUUCCGGUACUUCUCCAACUCCCCUCACUCGAGUCACUUCUCAACGGCGUCUUUAUCGGGAACCGCACCCGCAUCACAGCCGAGUCUGUUCCCCAGCUCGCCGCGGCCCGUCGAGGGUUCGGAAGUCUGCAGCACGUGCAAUGCAAGGUUUACAUCCCGGUGUCCCUCAAGCGUCACAUCUACCCUACCCCGAUCGAGAUCCUGUUUAACGAGCUCGUCAAGUGGCGAAUCGUCUCCCCGGCCAACUUCAAGACUCUGGAUCUCCCGCAGCACCUUCCUUGGGGCAGCCCGCAGGCGUCCCAGGCGUUCAUGGCUGCAAUCAGGAGGUGGAAGAUCGAGAGGUUCGGCGCGCUCUUCGUCGAGCGACGAGCGCCCGAGAGGCCCACGGUUACGUUCGGCCUUGUCGCUAAGUGCUUCGAAGAGUACUUCCUCGCCCUCUCCGACAUUCCGCAGCUGCCCUCUGCAUUCGUGGACUCGCUCGUCGCGCACUUCGCGCAGGCUUCCGCGCCGCACCCGGACCUGGAGGAGCUGUCCUUCACCAUCGUGUACCCGCCGAGCCGCCUGGUGUCGUACUGGAAGCCCGCACUCGAGCGGCUCGCUCGUUCGCUGUGCGACCGGAAGCGGUACUCGCGGUUCCGGGGCGUGCGGGUGCGCUUCCUGGUGCGGAACGGCGCGUGCGGGUACCCGUGGCCGAAGGAGGUCGGGCCAUCGCCGAGCGCGACGAAGUCGAAGGGGAAGCUUUUGUUCUCAGCGUUCGAAGACGGCAGGGUGCGCGUCGACGUAGAGGUGGAGACGUUCUGGGUGGAAGGCGUCACGGAAUCGUCGGAUGGCUGGGGAACCGACUUUACGUUUCUAGAUUGA